AUGACCACAACCACCCACUCACCCACGGAACUCCUAUCCGCCAUCCUAACCACCACGGAGAAGGACAUCAUCCCUCUCACAGCAGAGGGCGUCACCUCAGGGUGCAAGCUCUUCGGCGCCGCGAUCCUGACGCGGGCGGGGCUGAAGACGCACACCGUAGCGACCAACAACGAGCGUGUGUCGCCGCUGCUGCACGGCGAGAUCAACUGCAUCCAGGAGUUCUUCAAGGCGCCCAGCACGGCCGAGUCGCCGCGGCCGGCUCCGCGGGACUGCGUCUUCUUCGCCACGCACGAGCCCUGCUCGCUGUGCCUCAGCGGCAUCACCUGGGCCGGCUUCACCGAGUUCUACUACCUCUUUACGUACGAGGACUCGCGCGAUCUGUUCAGCAUCCCGUACGACAUCGACAUCCUCGAGGAGGUGUUCCGCGUGCGCGCGCCGGGGGAUACGGACGAGAGCCUGCGCGCGCGGCCACUUUACAACCGCACGAAUAAGUUCUUUACUAGCAGGAGCUUAGCGGAGUUGGUGGAGGGGAUUGAGGAUACGGGGGAGAGGGAGAGGUGGCUGGGCGAGAUUGAGAGGGUCAAGAAGCUUUAUAAUGGCUUGUCGGAGACGUAUCAGGAGGGGAAGAAGAAGGGUGUUGAGACUGCGAGUGUGUGGCAGUGA